AUGAAGCUUUUCGGGUGGAUCUCGGUCGCAUUCCUCGCCUCGACGGCUUUAUCGAUAGAGACAGCAGCACCUUCGAUCGAGACACUGCCAUUCUCGCAGCCCCAAGUUGCAGAGUCUAGACACAGAGCAUUCGAGGUGCUGCAGAUUCUCAGAAAGCGAGACGGCAACUGUCCCUCCGGUUAUGACACUUGUUCCAAGCUGGGCCACUCCGAUAUCUGCUGCAGGGACAAUACCAUCUGUACUCGCGACGAUGCCAACAAUAUCGCCUGCUGCCCGACCGGAGCUAGCUGCACGGGGACGCUUUCUGCCACUGGCACCGGAGUAGUCGUGGUCGGAGGUUCUACUAGUAGCUUCCGAUUCCCUCAGACAGCAAGCGCUACGCAAACCACCGCCGGGCCGACCAGUGUCACUCUCACAGGCUCAACUCUCGCCGCCGCCUACCCAUUCGUCGUCAUCCCGACCUCGUUCGCCAAUGCCCAGGUCUGCACAUCCUACUACUCCUUAUGUCAGAGCGAGUAUACUGGCUGUCUGUCACAGCUCGGGGGCGGGUAUGCAGUGACGGUUGCCGUAGACGGCGGUUCGGGGACGACCCGGGCAGGCGUCUCAGCAGCUAUGUCGACAUGCUCUAGUCUCAGUCUGGAGGCUUGCCAUGGCCUGGAAAUCGGAUACUGCGCGGCCUACACCACCGGCGUUUACGAGAACCGAGCGACAGGACCCAGACGCACUUCCAGCCUCGAGGACCUUCUCUUCGGUAUGUUUAUCGGAGUGGCUGGAAUGUUCAUGUGA